AUGAGAGAAAUCAAGCGCGCCUAUGAAAGCAGUAAAUUCAGGAUCACCCCUGCUCUUCUCGCUGCCCUAUUAACUCUCCACUACUUCGACACCGUUCGAUAUAUCAACAGCAGGAGCUCCAAUCAUCUAUUCAGGUCGCCUAUCUAUCGCGAUGAAGUCCUCUCAGGACAUUCGGAACGCGACUUUAGAAGUGCCUUGCGAGUGAUGUCCAAGCAAUUCGACUUCGUGCUGAAGAUCAUUCGGGACCAUCAAGUAUUUCGGUAUCAAGGCAAGAGACGGCAGGCUGAUGUUGCGAUACAGCUUAAAGUGGCUCUCCACCGACUCGGUCACGAUGGACCCUUGUCUUGCUUUGAGGCAAUUGGCAGGACAUUGGGUACCAGCGUUGGUUCCGCAAAGAAGUACACUGAGCGGUGCAUCGAUGCGUUGUGUGAUAACAUCACAAAGUUUGUGAAGUGGCCGAAUGCCGAGGACAAGGAUAAAAUCAAGCAACAUUUCAAAACAAAGGCAGCGGCUUUCCCAAUUUACUUGGCGCCAUCAACGGCACUUUAA